AUGGAUGAUAAAUAUCUUCCAAACGUUGAGCAACCGUGGCCAUGGAACUCUUCAAAUCGACCACAUCAUCCUUCGGUACGGGGUUACCCUAGAUUGCAUGGCCAUGCCACCACCGGCGAGGAAGCCAAACUCUUAGCUAGCCCCACACUUGUUACUCCCCAAUAG